UAUAUACGUAUAUAUACAGAUAUCGCCUAAAUUAUUCUCAAACACCUAAAUUAUUCUCAACUUCAUCAGCAAAAACUUCUAACCUCAUAUAUAUAUAUAUAUAUAUAUAUAUGAAAAUGGAAGUUUCAUUUGGCACAACUAUAGUGUAUGUGGGUUUGAUAAGCAUAGUAAUUACUUGGGCAUGGAGAGUGUUGAAGUGGGUAUGGUUGAGGCCGAAGAAGCUAGAAAGGGCCCUCAGACAUCAAGGUCUCACUGCCAAAUCCUAUCGCCUUGUCUAUGGGGACUUGAAGGAAAGCUCCAACAUGUUCAAACUGGCAAAUUCCAAACCCAUGAUUCUCUCCCAUGAUAUAGCUCCUCGUGUCCUCCCCUUUAUCUACCAGACGGUAGAGAAUUUUGGUAAGGAUUCUUUUACAUGGAUUGGCCCCACACCAAGGGUAAUCAUUACGAACCCAGAGCAACUGAAAGACAUCUUCAACAAAUUUAGUGAUUUUCGCAAACUGGAUCAAAAUCCGCUCACAAAGUUGCUGGCCAAAGGCGUUGUAACUUACGAAGAUGAAAAAUGGGUUAAACACCGAAGAAUUAUCAACCCUGCAUUUCAUUUUCAGAAGUUGGAGCAUUUGUUACCAGCAUUUGCAGUAAGCCAUGGAGAGAUGAUUAGCGAAUGGGACAAGAUGAUGAUCUCCAAAGAGGGAUCAUGUGAGUUAGAUGUGUGGCCUUAUCUUCAAAACGCGACCGCGGAUGCCAUCUCUCGAACUGCCUUUGGAAGUAGCUAUGAAGAAGGAAGACGAGUAUUCCAGCUCCAAAAAGAGCAAGCUCAACAUGUAAAUGAAGUUUCGCGAUCUGUUUACUUUCCAGGAUGGAGGUUUCUGCCUACAAAGAAAAACAAGAGGAUGAAGGAAAUUGACAAGGAGAUCACAGCUUCACUCAGGAAUAUAAUCCAUAAAAGAAAGCAAGCAAUGAGAGAGGAAGAAGAGACCAAAGAUGACUUAUUAGGCAUACUCUUGGAAUCCAAUCGUAAAGAACAACAUGAUGGAAACAAGAAGAAUAUUGGAAUGAGUACUGAAGAUGUGAUUGAGGAAUGUAAAUUAUUUUACUUCGCAGGCCAAGAGACUACCUCGGUGUUGCUUGCAUGGACCAUGGUUUUGUUGAGCAUGUAUCCGAAUUGGCAGCACCGUGCAAGAGAUGAGGUUUUGCAAGUCUUUGGUAACAACAAGCCAGACUUUGAUGGGUUAACCCACCUUAAAGUUGUUACAAUGAUCUUCAAUGAGGUUCUUAGAUUAUAUCCUCCGGUAGUUACAAUGGAGCGAAAAGUAAACAAGGAAACACAACUCGGAAAGCUGACCUUACCAGUUGGAGUGCAGCUUUCCCUUCCUACGCUGCUUGUUCAUCAUGACAAUGAACUCUGGGGUGAUGAUGCAACCGAGUUCAAGCCAGAGAGGUUCUCCGAAGGGGUGUCGAAGGCGACUAAAGGCCGGCUUUGUUUCUUUCCUUUUGGUUGGGGACCCCGGAUUUGCAUCGGGCAAAACUUUGCUAUGAUGGAAGCAAAAAUGGCUUUGGCAUUGAUUUUACAGCACUUCAAAUUUGAGCUAUCCCCAUCCUAUGCUCACGCUCCUUCCACUACAAUUUUACUUCAACCACAAUUUGGUGCUCACCUUAUUUUGCACAAACGUUAAUUCGUUUGUACUAUAAAAUUAUCCACUAUAUAUGCAUAUGUAUAAUGCUCACAUGUACUGGAUACAUAUAUACAUAAACACAUCCCUAAAUGUUUUCUAUAGUUCAAGAUUAAUCUUAAGGGCUUUUGAAACUUUAUUGGGUUUGAAAAGCAAAUCCUUAUAGGAGGUAAUAUGAUUCAGCAGCUUGGUAUAUUGUUUGCUUGAAAGACAGCAGCUACUUUAUCCUUAUUUUGAUAUUUUAAACUUUUUUUAUUUUA